AUGAUUAACAAAAGCGCUAUCGUUGCCUUGUUGAUGACAGUUGCUCUCGUAAUAAUUACAACAGUCGCGGCUGUUCCUGCGUACCAAACAAGUUGUCCUGCUUUGUCGGUAACAAAUUUCGGUAUCACUUAUCCAAGUGGAGGCGAAAAAUUCAAGAGUGGAUCCAACCAGAAGGUUAUUGUCGAUGCUAAAACUUCGAAUAUAAGCGACAUUAUAGCAGUCGAUCUUUUCUUUGCAAAUGGAACAUAUUACAGCACGUUACGGACUGGAAUAGUACCAAUAGCAGAUAGAACAGCAACAAUAAUGGUUACGUUGCCGCAAAUUAUUGACGGAAUAUUUUACUAUCAAAUAUGGGGACGAGGACCAAUGGGGCUGAGUUGCUUUAAGACCGGCAUUGUCUUCUCCAUUGAAUAA